AUGCCUUUUAAGACUGGUCCAGUCUCGCUCCCCGGUCGACGUAUCAUUCGUGAGGCCUUCGAGGAGCUCCAGCGGACAGUGUCACCGCUGGAGGCGAAAGACUUCCAGAAUACGACCUUGGAAGACGUCGAAAAAGCGGCACUUGAUAUUGAGAACCAGCUAGCAGCCAGGAAGAUGCUCAGAAAUAUGCGCCGCUUAAUGCCUUUAUUCCAAGGACUAGGUCACUACUCACAGUCAAUUGAAGUGCUGUGCAAUGGCACGCCAUAUUUGCCCUGGAUUUGGGCUCCUAUCAAACUCAUUCUCACGAUCGCAGCAGACUUUGUCGAAGCUCUUGAACGAAUUGUCGCCGCUUAUUCACAAAUUGCAGAGUCUUUACCCAGAAUCGAAAUGCUUGGUGAAGCCUUUGGUAAAAGAAUUGAAUUUCAAGAGAUCUUGGCCGUUUUCUAUUCAGAUAUAUUGAAAUUCCACCGCCACGCGUACAUGUUUGUUCGGAGAAGUAGCUGGAAGAUAUUUUUUCUCACAACAUGGGGUCGAUUUCAACGGCGGCUCGACACAAUUCUCACUAAUAUGAAAGCUCAUGAAGAAUUGAUUGACAAGACCGCCAAUGCUGUCAAUAUCUUGGAAGCCUCUAAGAUGAGAGAAAGCCUACGCAAUCAGAUAAAUGAAAAUAUUGAUGAAGUUGCAAAGCAAGAAGAUGAGGAUUCAACUAAGCAAUAUCAGGCCAUCAUUGGAUGGUUGAAGAUGGAUGAUACAGACCAACAAGUCAUCUUUGACUCAAUCGUAUCAGGAGCAGAAAAGAAUGAAGGGACUUGCGACUGGAUAUUCAAGCAACCCACUCUCGUGUCAUGGAUGAGAACUCAGCCGGAAACUCCAUUUCUUUGGCUUCAGGGAAAUCCAGGAGCGGGCAAAAGUGUACUGGCCACACAAAUUGAUAUUUUCCUUCAAACUAGCCGUCAGUCUCUUGUUGUUCGUCACUUUUGCACCUACUCAUAUGCAUCAUCGAUCCAAUUUGACCAAAUUCUGCGAUCUUUACUCCUUCAACUAAUUCGCUCGAACGGCGACCUAAUAACCUACAUUUAUGAAAAAUUUGUCUUGGCCAAACAAGCCGUCACGAUCAAGUCGCUCUCUCAGCUGAUCCGUACGAGUUGCGAAGCUAUCUCACCAGUUCCGUCCGAGAAGAAAUACAUCCAUAUCAUUCUAGAUGGGUUAGAUGAAUGUGAUGUUGAGAAACAAGGGCGAAUAACGAAUUUGUUGGAGACGAUCAUAUCUUUGGGAGGCCCGAAUAGCUCCAUGUUUUAUAAAGUCCUGAUUUCUAGUCGGCCAUCACCACUGUUAUCGAAGAAGUUUCGAAAACGACCUACCGUUUCACUUAUAGACGAAAAGAGUAGAAUUGAUGAGGCCAUCAAAAUUUAUGCUAACCAGAAGCUUGGUUUCCUUCGCAAUCGAUUCUUGGAGUUCGGAAUUUGUGGCACAGAUAUUGCGGAGCUCUCUCAUAGCAUAUCCUUAAAAGCUGACGGUAUCAGGACCCUCUACGAACGGAUUCUAUCACAGCUAAUGGCCAGGUUGGACACUCGAUCCAUGGGGCGAAUGAAAUCUAUCUUGGGAUGGAUAGCAUUCGCCAGGCGCCCAUUAACACAAGUCGAAUGUCGCUCGGCCAUGGCAUUUAGUCAAGGAGAUAUAGAAACUCCGAUGAUGCCACCUCAGUAUAUUUUCGAAAUGUGCACGCCGCUUAUUCAGGAGAAUAAGGAUAGAACUCUCUCAUUCAUUCAUGUUUCUGUUAAGGACCAUCUCAAAUCGGCCGAGAGUGCGAUGGCUUUGGUAGAGGCUGAUGCAUUAUGCGAACAUAGUGUGGCGUCUAUCACCUGCCUCCUUGCCGGUUUUCGGAUUUUUGAUACAACAUACGACUCAAGUGACCGAGAUUUGAGAAUCCUAAGGGGCCUUCAUGGUUUUCACAUCUAUGCAACAGAUUACUGGCUUGAAGACCUGCUAUGUAGCAACGCUGCUAUCUGCGGCUUCGAGGCUGCCUCCCUUCUGUAUUCGACAGCCAAAGCAUUGGCAGACCGACUAAACACAGCGAACCUCUCAGCGAAAAUCUCAGAAAUCUCAGCGGAGCAAGAAUCAGGUGCAUUGGAUAGUCGAUUGGAAACAUUCGCAAAUCAGGGAGCCGUAUAUGACAUGCUACGACUUGCUUUGAGAGAGCGGUCCACAAGAGCUGGUUCUGGCCAAUCCCAGCAAGAUAAUCAUUCUACUGAUCUUAUACAGCUCGCGCCCCGAAAUCUCCAGGACCUGCUAGCUAGCUACCAAGCCAGCAUCCGGUAUCUGCUGAUGAAACCCUCGUUCCCAGGAAUUACUUUCGAGGAGUUGGAGAAAUUCAAACGAAAUUUUCGAACGGCCGCAUUCACUUGUCGUGUCCGUAACUGCCCCCGUGCAACCACAGGCUUCACUGACGAGAAGAAAUUAUCGGAGCACGAGCGAACACAUACCCAACGAAUUAUGUGUACGGUU